AUGGAGCAAACUUAUUUUAUCUGUGAAGACGAUCUUCUUUUAAAGUAUGGCUGGCCUUGCUGUUCUAAAGUUCCAUUGUAUAAGGAAACCAAAAACAAGGAAUUCACAUCUAAAUUGUGUGUCAAGCAAAGUAUUAUUCUUUCUGACAUUCUAAAAAGUCUGAGCUUGUUGGACGAGAAUCUACUAAUAACAGACAAAAGUAGCACCUCGGUCUGCAAGAAAUGCGCGAGAAAGAUCGUUAAUUGCGGUAGCUUGUUUGAGGAACUUCGAUCGUCUAUUACCAAGAAAAAAAACGAUGUAGAAGUAAAUUCAGACAGUGGAUGUGCGUCGAUUGUGGUAGGAAAGAGGUCGUUAACCACAUCGUCUCCUAGCGGAUUUACCCCUGUGAAAAAAGCAGCAAAAAGUGGCGCAAAUAUUAAUGGCAAUAUUGUUAAUGAUCGGCCGCUUAUAUCCAGAAAAUCGUUAUUUAACCACGAGCAAGAGGCAUCGUCUGUAUUCUGCAAGCAGAGCUUUCCACAGGGUACAUCGCCUGCAGAUAGCAACAAUAUGGACGAUGCCAUAGCUAAUCUCACGUGUUUGCCUGUAAAGGAAAGAGAGGACAAUAGCUGUAUCGUUAAGGUAAAAACAAAACUUGUUGUACUUCUCUUCAAAGUUGUUGCACUUUUCGUAAUAUAUAUAUAUAAUUUGUAGUAUUUUUUCUUUCAGAUAUUCGUCACAUAUUGUUCAGGGCGUACGAUAGAAUACAAGUGUAAAGAAGGUGAAAAACUACUUGUAAAAAACAUCGCUUUAAAAAAUUAUAAGCAGCAGCUGUUGGUGUGACGAAGAUACAGCCGCUUAUGAAGAAAACAAUCGAACAGCUCGGUAAAAAUUAAAUAAUCAAUUUAAGCAAAGUUAUAAAUUGCGGUUAAUGGAGUGAUAUGUUCUAGAAGACUUCAUUUGCCCGAGGGUGUUUUCAGUCUGCCAACACAUCUGCGUCAAAAAAUCAAUCCGUGCAAGGUACGUACAAGGUCCAAGUACCUUGGCAGAACAAGGGAACCGUUUUCUAGUCCUGUUAAUAUUACAAAAUAUCAGAUAAAAAUCGAACUUUUGCUACUAAGCAUGUGAACAACUGAUGCUAACUUGAGAUUAACCAAUCAGAAAUUAUCCUGAAGGUUUUUCCUUCACGUGCAUACAUACAAUGCCCCCCUUUUGAUCAAGGACUUUUGAUCGCAGUUUCAACGUGCCUUGUUCAUUCGCAAGACUUUAGCCAGUGCGUUAACAGCUCUGGCAAAAAUUUUAGUUUAUAAUUCAAGGGAUAAAAAUCUUGGCAAAGAAGUGAAAAUUUGGGAAAAAAAUCCACCCAAUAAUCAUGUACACCAAUCUGCGUCUCUACAAUGGCGUGUUGUAAGGACUAUUAACUAGUAAAAUGGACAUUCCUGUAUAUAGUUAGACAUGUUACUCAUAGAUUUGUAACCCACUUGUGUAAAAAAAAAUGCAAUAAAUAUUUAAUUACUGGCAGGGAAGUGCUGUCCGAUGGACAACACUUCACCACGUGAAGCGCAAUCACUGCUCAUUCAGGUCGCACUGAAGACCUGAAUGAGCAGUCCUAGAGACUCGAUGUGAUCAGUCAGGUUAUCAGUUGCGGCCCGGGGUAAUGUGCCCUAUACCAAUAGUUGUUCACCAGUCCAACUAGGUCUCAAUGUCGACGGCCUGACGGAUCUGAACGGGGGUUCGCCUGUUCCCCUGUUAUCUAGAGGUCCGCCUGUUCCUACAACCUACAGUUUUUGCGUGUAUCCUCAGCCGACUUUGAGUACCCUGGGUAAUGUGCCCUAUACCAAUAGUUGUUCACCAGUCCAACUAGGUCUCAACUCGCUGAACGACAUGCACAGAGUCAAGCAUGCCCUCUGCAGUCUAGAGAUUCGCCUGUUUCUCUAGAUAAAACUUAGGUUAGCGAGAGCCUCUAGACAGUUCGGCCGGAACUGUUUUUGAGCACUUCUCUGCCCAAAAUAUAUGCCACAAAAUGUGUUUCAAGUUAUUGUUGUCCUGCUUAGUGGCUAGUUGUUCGAUUUUAACUAUCUAUCUCUUUCCAACAUAUUCAACUUCAUUAAAAGUAGAACUAAGAAAUUACUCACGAGAUCCCAACGCGGUGUUUAAAUAUGACGGUGAUGUGGAAAAACUAGCAAAUUACAGAAGCGAGCAUUUGAUAACUGAUGCCGAGCAGAAACUGCCAAUUUUGCACACCUUAAUUUGCAAUUCCUUUUCAAAUAUUAGUGAGGAGAAAUUUGCUGUAAACAAGAAAGCCCUGGCAGGCUAUUUCAUGUAUUCUUAUUCCAUGGAUACCGUCAAACAAGUUUACACAUCGUAACAAUAUUAUUCUUACUACCGGGGGUUGCAAGUGUGAAGAAAUCGAUUAUUUCCAUCGUCUCGGUUUAUCAAGCCACAGAAACACUUUAAGAAAUAUUCAAGAACGGUUAUCAAAAAAUCACGAUGAGGAUGUCAAGAAGUGGAAAGAAAGCGCUCUAAUCGUUAUCAAGAAAAUAUCUCUUCUCAAAGAUGUCAUGAGUAGGCAAGAUCAGCAAAAUAUAGCUAACAACAUGGAUGUGUGUACUAUUGACUUUUCAGAAACAAGUGUAGCGUCUUUGUCUAGCUAUACUGGCAAGGUAUACAGAGCCUGUUUGAAAAUGCCUCCAGAAACUGUGAAUGAGUUGUAUGAGGAUGUUCAAAUUGUACAAGCUUUGGAUACACUAGAGAAGCAACCAACACCUUCAUUCAGGUAUGCUGAAGUCACAUCGGAGUUGCAAAUAAUAUAUUUUAAUAUAAAAGGCAUUAUUCGCUACAAUUUAUCAUAUAAACAAAAAUAAAUAAUCUAUUUGUAUCGCCAAAUUUCGCAAUUUGGCGAUACAAAUAGAACAAAUUACAGUAUCUUACAACAGACUCUUCAAAUGUGAUACUUUUUAUAUUUUGAUUUUAACUAUAAAUAUAAUAAAAAUUUUCUUUAAUUGAUUGUUGUUAAUAUAAACAAUGAUUAAAUCUAGUUAACUGGUUGGUUUAACUAAUUUUUAAUGCUUUAAUUAUAGGGCCAUUCCAGAUGGGGCUAAUCAGCUCUUAAUUCAUUUGAAAUGUUUUAAAUUCACAAAAACCCCACCGAAAUCAUUCUGUGCCCCACCCCCCACCCCCAUUAGACUAAGAAAGCUAUAAUUUACACAUGCAAAAGAAUGUUAUUGUAACUUUUUUAAAGGAUUGUAGGGGAUAACUGGGACCUGAAUGUCAAAGCAAGAUGCCAAACCAAAGGCAAGACAAACCAAUCACUGCACUACUUUAAUGAGUAUGCAAUCAAGGACAGGGUUCUGGUGCCUCAUCAACAGAACACAGGGCCAAAGUUAAAGCUUGAAAGUCUUGAGAUGAGUCAUCUGCUCCCAACAGAAGCUGUCCAGGACAAUAUUAUCUGGAGUCUUACCAAAAUUAUACCAAGAGGUAUUGUAAAGUACCUCAAGGCAUAUAAAGAAUUCCACAAUUUCGUGGUAUAUCAUAUAGAACACCCAUAUUCACAUGAAACGAAACAGAAGUCUGAAGUGGUAGGUGUGUUUUUAUCAGGGAUGCCAGAACGACAUGAAAGGAAGGGGGGCAGAAUAUUUUUAAAAGGGCACUUUCAAAUUGAUAUAUACUAUUAAAGAGACGUAUGGAGUUGGACCUCGCCUAAUGAUGUUUUCUUGGUCUUUCUCAACUGGGCGAGAUACUAGGGUGAUAUUGUGCCGAAAUAUCUCUAGCUAGGGCAAGAAUUUCACGUCUAAGAGCUCCAUUCAGGCUAGAGUUGCUCAAUUUGCCUUCUGAGCACUGGUAAACCCCAUUUUCGGCACAAAAUUAUGCCAAGCACUUAACUGGCUCCAUGCUGACAAUGUAUUUUCUACAAUAAACACGCCAUCUAAGGUAGAAAAUUCCUCAGAUUGAAAGGGCACAUUCGCCCCUCUUGCCCCCCCCCCCCCGUGGUAAAGGGCAAGGGGGCAUCACCCCUGCCCCCAGUUCCAGCAUCCCUGGUUUUUAUAUGUAUACAAUUCUUAUUUAUAUAGAAUAGCUUUAUAUUUUUACUGUCUAUUGUUUAUCUAGGUAUCAUACCUAUCAAAACAGUUAAAGAUGCAAUACAGUCCAAUCUGUGCAUGUACUCAAAGAAGCCCUCUUGUUGUUAUACAAACAGUUUAUUAAGGUUUUUAUUUAUAAAAUUUUAUGUUGUUGCAAAGCUUGAUUGUUGUGUCUUGAUAAUUUAUUAUACUCUAGAAUCAUGAAAAAUAUAAAUAGUGCUAGUUGUUGAAUAAAAUUCAAUAUUUUGGAUGCCAAAAUGUAAACAAAGCCUUAAUUUAAUUGGUUUACAUACGGACUGUACCGCAUCUUUAAGCCUCUCAGCGGAUGAAAAAUGGUCUGUCAGGUGACUCAGGUCAGGUUAUACCAUAGAGGCUGAUUGUGGCUGAGUCUGGGCUAAAAUAUAAUAAAUGGAAUUCAUUUCGAACUUUUAUUGACAGUGUCCUCUGGGGAUGCAUUUCUUAAAUUCGAACAAGGCAGCUGAAAUUGCCCAAAUCAUUGAAGAUCUACAGGAAAAGUAUGUUCCUAUCUACAACGUUAACAAACAUUAUGUUCUGCAACAAAUUGUGUUUGAUAGUGACCAAUUAACUGAGGAAUGGACGAGAAAUGCCCAGUGGGCCAAUACGUUGGCUGGCAGUCCAGUCGAUCAAUUAGAUGGCUUUACCACUUCAUUUGGUGACUGGCAUUUAAAUAAAAACAUCCUUGAGGUACUGUUUAAUAAACUCGUAGUUCGUGUUUUAUCACAUAUAAAACACGACGCAUAGCGGAGUGUUUUAUAUGUGAUAAAACACGAACUACGAGUUUAUUAAACAGCUUCAAAAACGUCUCAGUUAGAUCACGGCAUUGGCGAAAUAAUUUUCCAAAAUAACUUUGUAUUAGCUGAGAAAAUACAAGUUGAAAUUUGAAGCGUGUUUUAUCACAUAUAAAGACACGCCACGCUUAUGAUUUCUCUUUGUGUUUUCCUCAUGAAUUAUUAAUGAGUUUUUGAAGUAUAUUUUGAGUUACUUGCAUCAUUAGAAAACAAAAUCCACUAUAGAGUACCCUAAUCUCUAUUAAGCCCCUUGGAAGAACGAGAGGCGACUUAUAUAUUUAUCCUUAAAUAACAUGAUAAGUUUGUGUGAAUGUGUGUGAAUAAAUCAAAUUAGUGUGAAUAAGUCAUGAUAUGUUUUUGUGUGAAUGGCAGGGGGGGGUUUAACUAAUUUCUCUGUAAGGGGGUUUAUUAGAGGGGCAGUUAUUUGAGGGGCGGCUUAUUUGGGCUGAGAGCCUAAUGGAGGAGGGCGCAGCCUAUUUGAGAGGGGGGGGGGGGCCCUGGGCCUAAUAUAUACAUAAUUUUUAUUCUAACUUGUAGAUAUGCCACACAGUAUUCUUUAAAGAGGAAUCAGCAAACGAGCUGGGCACAACAUGUUCAUUAAUGAAUAAAACAGGUAAGACAAAUGCGAAGAAGGGCCCUGAUAAGGACUACAAUGCCUACAAGGACUUCUUUACUCGAGAGACAGAAGGACAUAUAGUAGCUAAAUGGAUGAUAUUUGCUGGAAUGGAUGACCUUCAAAGUGAGCAAUCAAAGUAUUUUAGUUCAUAAAUUAUGCUUUUUAACUGCAUUUUGUGAUUUUGGUCACCAGUCUGGCGGUGAGCAAUGCAUAGAACUGUCCUAUGAAUAAUAUAUAUAUACCGGUAUAUAUAAUAUAUAUAUAAUUAAAUUAUAUUUCAUAGGUUCUCCUUCCAUUCGACCAAUCCCGACAGACAUAUCACAAUGGGAUGAUAACAUGAAGAGAGAUUGGUUGCAUAAUCAGUCUACAUCGUUUCUCCAGGAAAUAUUUGGAAAUACCGAAAUCAGUCAAAACAUCAUAGAGUUAGAGAAGGCACACCAAGAAGGAUUCCAUUGUCGUUAUCCACAGUGUAACAUGAAAUUCCCAUUGCAUUCUACCAGAGUAAGGUAUUUCAUUCACUAAAAAUAUUAUAUAAGACAAAAUUAUUUUUUCAUCAAAUAAUGAGAAAUCCCCACUGUUCACUUUGCAUAUUUAAUAAAAUAAUCUUUAAUAAAGGGAGGGGGGGGGGGAUGAAUAGGGGUAUACAAUCCGCCCAAAUUUGAAGCAAAAUCCGCUGAUCUGACAAUGGUCUUGUCUAAAUUUGGAUUUGCUAAAAGCUCUACUAUGAAUUCACAAUCCAGGAUCCGAACUAAAUUGCAAUCAAAAUCCACAAUCUGAGCCAAAAUAUUAUAUAAAUCCACAAUCCCCUGUAUUAAUAAGAUCCACAAAUCUGUGUAAAAUAUGCACCAAAUCCAAAAUCCGAACAAUUUUUCGGUGAAUCCGACGAUCCGAAAACCUAUUCACACCCCCCCCCCCCCCCCCCCUCCCCACAGUAAGAUAUACAUUAGUAUUUUGUUUUUAAGACAUGAACAUGAUAGACAUACCAUUGUGAUUGAUGGUGGUGGCGAUGAAAAUCAAGACAGCUUUGGUUAUUUCAAAUGCAGAGGACCAUGUCCAUUUGUAUUUACUACUAAAGCCACAAGGAAAAGGUAUAAUUGUAUAUGUUAUAUGUACAUUAUAUUUUUAAUAACUUAUUACUAAACAGCAAUUUUGUAUUAGGCACGAAGAGACCAAACACCCAGACAGUGACCAAGUUGAACAAGAUGUCAAGUCACUAAAGGCAGACGACAACAUCUACAAUUAUCACAAGUCUAGAAUGCAAUUAGGUCUAUUGUUUAUGAAUAUUGAAGACUCAAUUAAGGAAGGAGAUGGCAAUAGACUGCUAGAUUGCUACAAGUUAGUACUUUUACUUGUAUAUAGGUUUAAGCAUACAAAGUAUGCAUAUGAAAAUCUUACUAUUACUUGCACGGAGCAAUGGAUUGCUUUCUGAGGCCGAGUCAUUAUCAUUGAUUGCAAAUAGAUUUAUAAAUUUCAAAGGCACUCCUGGAGGUAAUAUUCCAUUAGACCUCCACAUGGAACAUAUGAAUAUGAUGGUUAAGAGACUAGCAAAAGGAAUGGGAGCAAAUGUAACAGAGAAGUCAUUACAACAGGCUGAAAGGUCAAUCCUGGCACUGAAUAAGGUUAGAGAAUGCAUAGCUGAUGAUUGUUUCAAGAAGACACAAAGUGGUUGGCACAGCCAGAAAAAUCCAGAGGAAGGUGUCAAAAUCAUUGCUCAUGACCUACUGAUGGGAGAAGUAUUUCAUAAGAAAGAGAAAAGACAAGGUUACCACUCAUUUUCCAAAUUCAAAUCCAACUUACUUGAUGUGGACUAUAGAGACUACUUUAAAUGGAUCAGAGAGAAACUUAUACAUUGA